AUGGAUACUGAAUGGAAGAUUGGAGAAAGCAACAUGUUCAACAAUUCAAACUUUACUGAUGAACCAGUUGUGUUUGAAAGUAUUGUCCCUCCGAGUCUUCAGUAUGGGUUUGGGGUCUUUGGCAACUUGAUCGCUAUCAUCCUCCUCUUUCGGUCGUCUGGCCAACACAAAUGGAAGCCGUUUUAUAGACUAGUCGGAGGUUUAGCUAUAACCGACUUCUGUGGAAUAGCUUUGGUAUAUCCCGCAGUAAUGAUUCGAUAUAUUUCUGGAUUUACGUUUGAUUUUCCCAAAGAACUAUGUGGAUUUGUUUCGUUUUGUUUCUCCUUUUCUUUCUUGUCUUCUGCUUUAAUCGUCAGUGCUAUGUCGUUUGACCGAUUCCUGGCGGUCACAUGUCCCAUCUUAUACAGAGAAUCUCAGGUCCGUAUGCUAAUUAACGCCAGCGCAAGUGACCCCAAAAAUGGACCAGAUGAACUCCUAGCAGUGCGCAUGACCAUAAGCAACGCUAUUGUAGACCCUUGGAUAUAUAUCAUUCUCAGAAAAGAAAAUCUAGUGAAAAUGUCCAAGUUGUUUCAAAGAGUUCGAAACAGUGACCACCUACCAACUAUAUUUAUCACCAGAGAAUCAAAAGCUACAAGAGCAUGCGGAGUUUCGAAUCCAUCCACACCCCCGACAUGUUCUACACAGUUAUAACAUUACUAAAUAUGUAGAAAUUACCUACAUCUUGUUUAGCAUGAUGAUGUUUUAACGAUGAAAUUGAUUAAUGACGCAUUUUGUUCAUGUGGACCUCUUUUUCGUGGAAAAGAAACCUUUUUUUAGAUUCAUAUCUGCAUCGUAUUUAUUAUAUUGCAUCAUGUGACAACGUUGUAAGACUUAGAAAACCGUGUAUAUUAUUUAAAGAAUUUAGCAUUACCAUUCUGAUGCACAAACUCUCUAGUCCGCUUUUGUACAUGAAUAGAAAUCCCAACCAAAUCUUUGCGGUUAUCUCAAAAUAUUUCCCGGAAAGUGAGACAAAAUUAGUUUUGUUAAAUGAACUUUUAAAAUAGAAUCUUUGAUAUAUCAAUCUAAAAGACAUUGUUAAGCUGGAAAUCUUUCAUAACGGAGCUCACUAAGGGUUGCAUAAUGAAAAGUUGUAUCGUUUUUAAUAGAAAACUCGUGGGUUCAAUUGAUUUUCAUUCAAUCAUGAAAAAAUAUCUAAAACCAGACUGAGAUUCUAAGUUCAUUAAGCCACAUUCGCUAUGUUCACGUUUGAUAUGGUAUUUCUUAUUACAAAUAUGAAAAAGUAAUUAUACAUCGUUUUAAUGUUUUUUAUUCGUCCAUAUAUCCGAUAUUCUUUUUUAUG